AUGACAAUUCCAAAGGGCAAAGCAAUCGAAUUUGAAAUGUUUUUGACGCCACAAUGCUCUUGUCGAAUUGAUGACGUUGUGAUUUUGUUUUCACUUAACAUGAAGAAAGGAAUAACAUCUGAAAUUCCUUUAAAAAUCAGUGCAGUGACUGAACUUUCAACCAAAAUAGACCCGGAUGAAUUGAUUGAAGAGAAGAAACUUGGUGAGGGGUCUUUUGGAGUUGUGUACAAAGGAUUUUACCGAGAGAAUGUAGUUGCUAUUAAAAAGAUGAAAUCAUUGCAGAUAAACAACGCAAAGUUAAUGGAAGAAUUUUCUAACGAAGUUUCCAUGUUAGGCAAAUUUCGCUGUGACUACAUCGUCCACUUCUAUGGCGCCGUUUUUAUUCCAAAUAAAGUGUGUAUGGUCACUGAAUUUGCUAAAUUUGGAAGUUUAAAUGAUUUAAUUACACACAAAAAUAAAGAAGAAAAUAACAUGAAUAAAAGAGUUAAAUUUAUGUUAGAUGCAUCAAAAGGUAUUUUAUAUUUACAUGAAAACGGGAUAUUACACAGAGACAUUAAACCGGAUAACAUUUUGAUAUUUUCACUGGAUUUAAAUGAAAAGGUGAAUGCGAAAUUGACUGAUUUUGGGUCAUCAAGAAAUAUUAAUAUGCUGAUGACUAACAUGACUUUUACCAAGGGUAUUGGCACACCAAAGUUUAUGUCUCCUGAAGUACUAAAAAAGGAAAAAUACAAAAAAUCAAGCGACAUUUAUUCAUUUGCUAUUACUAUGUAUGAAUGCUUUAUUUGGGGAGAGUCAUACCCUAAAACACAAUUCAAAUAUCCAUGGGAAGUUGCGGAUUUUGUGUCUGCUGGAAAAAGAAUGAAAAUAAAACGUUCUAUUCCUGAUGAGCUUAUUAAUUUGAUUGAAAACUGUUGGACGCAAAAUCCAGAAGAAAGGUUUUCAAUAGAUAAAGUGUUAGACGAACUAGGAAAUUGUUUUGUGAAGUUUUAA